AUGGCGAUUUGCGACGAGGAGUGCUACGACACGUACUACGGCCUCCUAGCCGAGCUGGAUAAGCUCGUCAAGCUGCUCACGGAUAAUACGCGACAGCUGGGCGAUGUUGUGACUAUGUGUCUUCAUGACGCUCACCAAGGCGCAAUACGUGCUUGCGAGGAUUAUCUACCUGGUGUCAGGAAUGGCCGCUGUUACUUCCACUUGUCCAAAAAUAUCAAGGAAAACAAGUCGAGGCUCGGCGAGGCAUACGACCUGGUGAAACGGCAUAAGUUCUUUCUUCAUGCGUGUCCUACGGACGAACUGUAUGAGAUGCUCUCUGCUGCUCUCAUUGAAGAGGUGGAGCUGAUCGACCAUGAUGCCGCUGUUUACCUCGAGAACACUUUGGAUGUGGAGCGCUACGGCUAUCCAAAUAUCGCAAUCACAUCCGAGGGACUGCGCUGUGCUCAGGUAACGGACAUGGUACAAGAAAUACUGGAGGGAAACUUGAGCAGUGACUUCUUUGUUAUCAAAAGCCUCCGUGCAGCAGACGAUCUUGACAACGAUCGCGUGAUCGAAAAGUUCCUCAGAGGGGUUCUCCUGGAUGACUUCUCGACUGAUGAUGCCCCUACACUGGAAAUCUUGAUGCGGACGUACUUUCAGCUUUCAACCUGA